UUGGAGGCAAACAAAACAGAUUGGUGAAAAAUUUGCUUUUGUUGACGCCACAAAUCUGUGCUGGAGCUAGAAUCGCAGUCGCAAAAAAAAAAAAAAACUCUGUGUUGUCCUCAAUUUUGCCCACCCUGAAAUGGAUUCCGACGUCCCCAGCCGGAACCCGUUGUCCUACUGUCGUUUGUGUUUGUCCCAGGUCAACCUACUAACUGUACUCGACUCGUCCGACGAUGCCAACCAGUCGCCCAUAAAGGAGGUGCUGCAGAAGUUGCACCACUACACGAAGGUCGCCCUGCUGGCCAAGGACUUUCCGUGUGCAAUUUGUGGCGUUUGCAAGACCCAGCUAAACGAGUUCCACGCGUUCCGGCGGAACGUGGUGCGCAACCAUAAUGCGGUCCAAAUCUUCCGACAGACGUUCGGGGAUGAAAUCGAGCGUGCGGAACCGGAAGAAGAGGAGACGUACGUGGAAAUCAUCGAAGAUUCCCAGCAGUUGGCGGAUCUCAUUAGGGAAGAGUACGGUGACACGAUGGAGCUCAAGGAGGUCGAUGUUUAUCACGUGAACGGCGAGCUGCGAACCGUUGUGGUCAAGCCGGAUCCGGAUGCCAAACCACCGCCACCACAGCAGCAGCAGGUUCGCGUCGCACCCAAGAAGACCCAACCAGCUGGCCCGGUUAACAUCCUGAACAAAUCGAAAGGUCAAGCUACGUCCCAACCAACAAGGCAAAACACUCAAAAGACGGUCUUCAAACCUCCCCCGCCAGGAUCUGUCUUCACCGUGUUUAAAUGCGCCAGCUGCCGUGCUGUCUUCCAGAGCCAUGAAAACCUCAUCAUCCACCAGCGCACAGAAAAUCAGUGCAUCACUCAGAAAGUUUUACCACAAUCCGGACCCCGCAAGCCCCCUCAAACCUCCCCACCGAAGAGACCCCUUUCAAAGGCUUCGAUCCCGCCGCAAACGCAAAAACUUCUCUUCAAAUGCGUCAGCUGCUCGAGCAGCUUCGUUCAGGAGGAAAACCUCAAGCAACACCAGAUCACGUGCAAACCCGCCGCACUCUCCCGGCUGGACCUGUCCCAGAUCACAAUCAAGCGGACCAAACUCCAGGAAAACGCGGCCGACCGUAUGCAGUGCGACCACUGCCAGCUGACCUACAAAACCUUGCACAAUCUCAACAAACAUCUGAUCGAGGUGCACAAGGUCAUGCCGAGGCCAACCGAGAAGCAUAUCUGCUCGCUGUGCAACUUGAGCUAUUCAUGUUAUCAGGACCUGCAGCUGCAUAUCCGAGCGCUGCACUCGAUCCGGUGUACGACCUGCGCCGCGGACAACCGCCAGUGCUCGCACAAACCGCCCGCCGCCGCCGCCGUCGGGAAUGGCGUCGGUAUGGUCAAUAAAGCGACCACCUGAGGGCGCCGUGGUUGAUGGAAGAUGGGCGUUUUUCCAACAUUGGAAAUGGUAGAGAAAGCCCUGCUAACGUAUCCGGUAAAUAUUGUAUUGCAGUUGUAAUUGUAAUUGUAGUUGUAGGGUGUAAGAGCGGGGGAUCUAUCUGCGAUAAACGCAACCCUUAGGCGCCUGGGGUGGUCCUGUUGUCCUCCGGUUGGAAUUAGGAGAUGCGUGCUAUGGCGCAUCGCUCCCCGCAAUAUAUUGUAGUUGUAAGCAAAUCUCAUAAACAUGCAAUCCGACAUCAAUUGAGGUGUCGUCGCCAACAGCCAGGUUGGCGCUAUUAUAAAUAAAUUUGAACUCAUGACACCGUAAAA